UAAUAAUUUGGGUUUGCUCAGCAUUAAUGAUCUUCAAAACUUUUUACAGACUUUAUUCAAUCUUUGAUCCAACAAUUUCCCUUUACGACGACAAUAUUGUCAAGUAUGAGAAAAUUUACAACCAACUGUAUGCUCUAAGCCUUGGUUUAAUCCUAUUGAACUUUUACAUGGAUUAUUCAAUGUACAUAAAAUACUUGAAUGCUUAUAAAAGGAUCGUCAAGAAUGGCUUCGAUAUUGACUCAACUGAAUAUGUGGAGAAACAACUCAAAAUCAAUCGAUUGUUCAUCAAGUUGGCCUUUAUUUGUGAACUGGCCAUUACUGGGUACAACAAUUAUCUCAAUUAUUAUCGCAAACUUGGUUUUCGAAGUGAAAUGAUUUUCCUUUCAGUAACAGCAUGCAUCACUCAAUGUAGUUCACUAAUUUUCGUACAAUUUAUCAUUGAAUGCUGCAUCUAUUGCCAAUCAAGCUUCAUACCUCUAAACAAUUCACUGGAUAUAAUUAUAAGGCAAAAUGAAAGAUCGAUUGAUAUCAAUCGUAUUGCUAAAUUAAUCCGUUUAAGUUACGAUAAAACAACUGAAUCUAUUCGUUGCAUGGAUAAAUUUCUAACAUUUGUUCUUUUCGCUUUCUAUUCGUACUACAUUGGCCAUUGUAUUUUCGCUUUUGGUAUCAUAUUGAGUUAUGCCAGCUCAUUUUAUUUUCUGUCAUUCGCUGUCUUGAGAUUUCUGGUUGAUGCGUUUUACCUUUUUUGGGUUACUUAUCAUUUGGUUCGCGUAAAUCAACUAUCAAUCCAAAUGUUUGACAAAGUCUAUCGACUCUCAUUUUCACUCGACUCAUCCCAUACAAUCGCAACCAUGAACGAGAUCAAUUUAUUUCUAUUGCGAACCAAUCGGAAUGAUGUUGGAUUUACAUUUGCUGGCCUUUGCAUGGUUUCACCCAGUUUCGUAUCAUCACUGGCAACCAUUUCAUUGACUCUUGGGUUAGCUUUGCCCAGUUUCAUCAAAUAACCAUUCUUUUGGCUUCUGAAUAAUGUUAUUUUUAACAAGAAAGAUACAGUUAAAGUUAAUGUCAUUUGACUGAAAG